AUGAGCCGUCUAUCAGACUUCCGCCUCCUCUCCUUUGAUGUCUAUGGCACCCUCAUCGACUGGGAGACGGGCGUCCUCAACGGCCUCAAGCCCCUCCUCGAAGCCAACAAUGCCUCCUUUUCGCGGGAGCACCUCCUCACCAUCCACCACGAGCUGGAGAGCACCCAGCAGGUGAAGACGCCUAACAUGAAGUACUCGGAGCUUCUCACCACUAUCCACCCGCAAAUCGCCGAGCGGCUUGGCCUCCCCAAGCCCAGCGCUGAGCAGGACAAGGCCUUUGGCGACUCCAUCGGUACCUGGCCCGCGUUCCCGGACACGGUCGAGGCGCUUCGACGACUCGGGAAGCACUACAAGCUCGUGGUGCUCUCCAACGUCGACCGCGAGUCCUUCUCAGGCAGCAACUCGGGCCCGCUGCAGGGCGUCCCCUUUGACCUGAUCAUCACGGCGCAGGACGUGGGCAGCUACAAGCCCGACCUGCGCAACUUUGAGUAUAUGCUGCGCGAGGCCGAGGCCAAGUUCGGCAUCCCCAAGGCGCAGGUCCUGCAGACGGCGCAGAGCCAAUUCCACGAUCACCAGCCGGCCAAGAAGAUGGACAUCACGUCGAGCUGGAUUGAGAGACCUGGAGCCGUCAUGGGCAACAGGGAGAAUCCCGUGUAUAACUGGAAAUUUGACACGCUUGGGGAUAUGGCGGAUGCGCUGGACAAGGAGCUUGCUGGGAAAUAG